AUGAUUCUAGCAGCUGCUCUCGUGUUUGCGGCUAUAGCAGCCAAUGGUGCGACAGCGACGAUAUCGCAACCUCCCACCCUGGUGGUGAAGAGAGGCUCGACCUGCACUCCAGUUGCUGGACAUUCCAGCUCCGUCGAUGAUACGCCGGCGAUCCAGUCCGCCAUCGCCAGUUGUCCAGCAGGAACUAUCGUCAUCCCCAAAUCCACCACCUACUACAUCAACACGGCAUUCAGUUUCGCGGGCUGCUCUGGGUGCACUCUGCAGAUCGAGGGCACGCUCCAGGCGACUUCCAACACCACUUACUGGGGAGGACGCCGCGCCAUAUUUCUCAUGGAUGGCAUCACUGGGGCUACUGUGUAUUCUGCCACAGGCACUGGCAUCGUCGAUGGAAACGGUCAGGCCGCCUGGGAUCUGUUUGCAGCUAACUCAUCGUACAAACGACCGACGCUCUUCUACAUCAACUCCUCGAAGAAUGUAAAGUUAUCGAAUCUCUAUUUCAAGAGUGCCCCGAACGUCUUCCACUCGGUCACUGGUGGCUCCAGCAACGUCUCUUACUCGAACAUUACCCUGUACGCCGUCAGUUCCAGCGCCAAUGUCGCUCACAACACUGACGGCUGGGACAUUGGCCAGUCGACGCAUGUAACCAUUGACGGCGCAACUGUCACCAACGACGACGAUUGUGUCGCGCUUAAGCCAGGCUGUAGUUCUGCCACCGUCACAAACAUCUCCUGCACAGGUAGCCACGGCAUCUCCGUUGGUAGCCUAGGCAGCGGCGUAAACAGCAAAGACACGGUUCAAAACUGCCUUGUCAGCGGCGCAACCAUGAUCAACUCGGCCAAGGCGGCGGGUCUCAAGCUAUAUCCAGGGCCACCAGAUCAUGGCACGGCGGUCGUGUCCAACGUGACCUUUGAGAAUUUCGUCUUGCAAAAUACCGACUACGCUUUCCAGGUACAAGGCUGCUACGGCGAGGACGCGUCGUACUGUGAGACCAAUCCCAGCACGGCGCAGAUAGCGGGUGUGGUGGUUAGAAACUUUUCAGGCACAACGAGCACUCACUACUCGCCAAAUGUCGCAAACAUCGACUGCCCGGCUGCUGGGACAUGUGGUCUGACUCUCAGCAACAUCACUGUCACGCCGCCGAAAGGAUCAGCCGUAUUUCAAUGUGCCAAUACGCCGAGUACUCUUGGAGUGCCGUGCACUUCUGGUGCCAGUGGGUGA